GGGAGCCAUUUUGAACGGAGGGAAGAUUAGUGCUCAAUGGAGACGAAACUGAAAGGGUGGAAAGAGGAUGGCGUCCAAGAGCCCAAGUGAUUGUCAGAGCAUGCCGGAUCACAGGAUAAAGAACUCUCACAGUAAACCUGUUUGAAGUGUUUUGUCUCGUGUCGUUCCGGAACCUAACACAUUGUCAGUGCUCUCCCUUUAUUCUGCUUAAAUACAACAAGAGCAUGGCAGAGGGGACUCAGCCAGGCUUGGAAACAGAGGACUUGGCGGAGUCAGCGGUGCAGGCUAAAGUGGCUACUCCAGAAGAAAUGCCUAUUCAAAUCUGGGGCCAGAUGUUUGGCCUAAGGAGCGCACAGCACCCCUCCUUCCAUCCCGGCUAGACCAGGAGCUGGUGGACGCCGAACAGGUCAUGCUGCCAAGGACUGAGGGUGUGCGGGAGUGGUGGUUAGGCUCCCUGAGGCAAGGGGAUUAUGGGGCACCCCCUCCUCCACCAGCGCUCACCUCUUCCAGAAGCCACUUUACUCAAUAGUGUGAAAGACGUAUCUCAGAGGAUGAGUGGAGUUACUAAAUCGUUUUAUGGAGCCAAACUCUGGAUGUGUUGUGUGAAAUGUUUGGACCCGCAGGGUUCAAGGGGCUGAACUCUGGGAGAGGGCGGAGAAGAGGUGUGGAACCUCUACUGACACGUAGUACCCAUCCCCCAGAAGAGGAGUUACCCAGAGGCUGGACGCAGCCCUAGAUUGGACGGGGGAAGCCCCACAGACCAGGAGACCUUCAACUACCCAAGACCUUGAACAUCGCAUGGGACCAGACGGGGUGUUGAGGCAAGGCAACUGGGCUCCUCUCCCAUCCUGGCUGUUACCAAAUCAGGGUCAGGGCCCAAUGGGCCAAUGGGAACUAUCGGCUGUAUGGGCCUCAUUCGAUGGUAGCCCAGACAGGGUUGCCCUGAUAGACCAUCUGGAAAAGUAUGGCCAUUUAUAUACUUCCCAGCAGGGUCGAUUUGAUUUAAAUCAAACUGAUUUAAAUCACUAGUCAGUAAGGCUUGAUUUAAAUCAUAGUUUUCUACAUAAAGACUAAUUCUUGCUGGUAUAAUUUUAAUAUGCAAGUAGAUGAAGAUUUUUAGAAUAACAACUUUUCAUAUUAGUUUUUUUAUCCCCAGUUUAAUAGGUUAAUCAUUCAUAUUUGGACAACUUUUCUGUUGUACUUAGGAAGGAGAAAAAUAAUCAUUACCUUAAUAAUAACAAUUUAAAUAGAUUUAUUCAACUGAAACAAUAACAUUACAGCAUAUGUUAUUUGCUUAAACAAACAUCCAUGUUUGUUAACUAAUUUGGCUAAACAAAAUAUAUAUAUUUUAAGAAACUUAGACUGUCAGCCCAGCCUACACAUGAAAAACUUAAAUACUGUCCUCUGUAGCUCACUCGUCAUCUUCAUCUUCUUUGUUCAUAAUCUGGAAAAGAAAAACAAGCUUUCCUGCUUUAUCGGGUCCCAAACGAUUUCUCAAUUUAGAAUGAAUGAGUCCAAAGGAAAAGAAUAUUCUUUCAACGCCUGCAGAAGAAGCUACUGCUGUUAAAAGUGAAAUCAUUACUUGAACAGUCUCUAAAUCCAAGUGCUUAAGUGUCUUCCACCAGUUCACGGGUGUGACUUUCUUUAAAAUAUCUUCAGCAAACAUAUAUUUCUUGAAUGGUUCCCCCUUAGCUUUGAAGUUUAUUAUAGUUGGCAUUACAGAUGGAUGAUUGCUGGAUACCCAUGUCAUAGCUAACUCCUCUUCCUCAGCACUUAAGUUUUGACCCUGAUACUGGAUAUUGACAAUAUUUGCCAAAAAAUGAGCUGGAGACACUACUUGUCCCAUGCUUGUAAUUUAAUUCUGUCCAUGUGUAGUUCUGUUUUUAAGUGUUCACUCAGUUCCUUCUAAAUUUCAACAGCAUCAAGCAAUAAAACAGCUAUUUUUCUGUAUUUUGUUUAAAGCUUCAGAGAUGGGUUUCAGGAUGCUCAGCAUAUGUUCAACAUUUCUCUUAAGCCCAAUGUUGAGGAUUUUGGCCGUGACAGUGCCAUCUAUUUUAUCUCAAUUUUCUUCACAAACUGUCAUCAGAAUAGGCCAGUUCUUGAUAUACUGCUCAAAACAGUCCACCACAGAGUUCCAUCUAACAUCUUGUGGGAGCGUUAGCUUGGUUCCACCCAUCCUUUUCAGAGCUGCUGCAGCAAAAUGAUAGUUACAGAAGUAUUUAGCAAUUUCAACAACAUUAGUCUUUAUUUCUGGAACACUUAAGUCUUUGGCUAAGAGGUGCAGCAAAUGAGCACUGCAAUCAUAUGUUAUUAGCUUUGUAUUCCCUUCCCUUCUUCCCAUCUUGGAUACAUUUGCAGCAUUGUGACCAAACUGCAUACUAGACAUUUGAAUUUUUUGUGUCCAGACCAGACCACCCCAACAAUGCCCUUGAUGUGAUGUCUCGCUGCCUGGAGGCCGUGCAGGUCUGGAUGGGGAGGAACAGGCUCAGACUCAACCCCUCCAAGACUGAGUGGCUGUGGCUUCCGGCGUCCCAAUAUAGUCAGCAGGUGCCAUCGCUGACUAUUGGGGGUGAAUCUUUGCCCCCCACAGAGAGGGCUCGCAAUCUGGGUGUCCUCCUGGAUGCAUGGAUGUCUUUAGAAGAGCAUAUGACGGCCGUGGCCAGGGGGGCCUUUUAUCAGGUUCGCCCGAUUCACCAGUUGCAGCCCUUUCUGGACCGGGACGCCUUGCGCACGGUCACUCACGCCCUUGUCACCUCCCGGCUAGACUAUUGUAAUGCUCUCUACAUGGGGCUCCCCUUGAAGAGCACUCGGAGGCUCCAACUGGUCCAGAAUGCGGCCGCACGGGUGGUUAUGGGCGCAACUCGUUGUGCCCAUGUGACACCCCUCCUGCGCGAGCUGCACUGGCUCCCAGUGGUCUUCCGGGUGCGAUUCAAGGUGUUGGUUACCACCUUUAAAGCGCUCCAUGGCAUAGGACCCGGGUACCUUCGAGACCGACUUCUGCCACCAAUAGCUUCCCACCAGCCAGUUCGUUCCCACAGAGAGGGUCUCCUCAGGGUGCCAUCGGCCAAGUUAUGUCGGCUGGCGACACCCAGGGGGAGGGCCUUCUCUGUGGGACCCCAGCCCUGUGGAAUGAACUGCCCCCGGAAAUACGUAAGAUCCCCGACCUCCGGGUAUUUCGCUGUGCACUGAAGACCCUGUUGUUCCGCCAGGCCGGGCUAUCGACAUGAUAAUUUUAAAUUGGGGUAUUUUAAAUUUCUGGGGUUUUAAAUGGAGCCAAAUUUAUUUAAUAAUUUUAAAUUUUAAAUUGAUGUUUGUCUUGUGUUUUUAAAUAGGCUGUACACCGCCCUGAGUCCUUCGGGAGAACGGCGGUAUAGAAAUAUAAUAAUAAUAAUAAUUAUUAUUAUUAUUAUUAUUAUUAUUAUUAUUAUUAUUAUUAUUAUUAUUAUUCACAUGUUAUUAUAGCUUUUACUGCCACUUCUUGUAUAAGUAUUCUGCUCUGUGUGCAUUUCCUGACGUAUCAAUUGUUUGUGCAAGGAAGACUUUCCCUUCUUCUGUUGUUAUACAAGCACAUACAAUAGGAUCAUUGUGGACAUUACUCCACCCAUCAAUACUUAGGUUAACAAUUCUAUCCUCCAGAGCUGUUGCACAUUGCUCCAUUUCUCUGUCAUACACUUUAUCCAGCAGUUUCCCUGCAACAUCUGCUCUGCUGGGUGGACUGUAUCCUGGUCUCAGUGACUGAACCAUAUUAAUGAAAUGUGAGUUCUCAGUCAGACGGAAAGAAGAGUUCGUUGCAUAAACAAACUGGGCAAUUUUUUCAUCAAUUAACUCUUUUUCUAAUCUGCUAGUUUUUAUCACAAACUUAUCUAUGGUGGUUCCAGGAGGGAAGGGUUUUUUCUUUCUUUUAGGUGAUAGUGAUACGUGGCUGUGGGUGUUUGAUGAUGAUGAUGCUAAUGAAGCACUAUCCUGGAUGGAUAACUCUGAAACUGUAGAACAGGAGGAUGGUGAUCUUGAAGGUGGAUAGUUUCCAGAAUCCAUGAAUUCCCCUAAACAAAAGAGUCAGUGCUGUUAUUUUAUUGUUUAUACAAUUUCUGCUUGUUGUACACAGCACUGCCCCAAAAGGAAUAUUUGCUUUUCUUCAUAACUGUACCAAAUGACAGUAACAUGCAGUAAUAAUAAGAAAUAUAAUUUUGCUCAAACAUGACAGUUCAAGGCAGUCUUUAGAAAUAUGAUUCAAUAAAAAUGUUUACCAACCUGAAGAUCCUGCCUGUUCAAAUGUGUUUCUUUGGUCAUCUUCAUCACAGCUCUUCUCAUGAUGUUGCCUCAUUCGGGCCACCAGGCCUUGCAUUUCUUUGUUGCAGUGUUUGCAGUUUGCAUGCAUGCCUGCCUUACCGAUAGGUAAAGGAACUUCAUAAAAAUAUUGCCAAACUGGGUCUCUUUUACGGCCUGCUGCCAUUAUAGGUUUUUUCCUCCAAGGAAAGAAUGUGAUAAACCUCAAACAAAAAGAUCCAAAGACUUGUCUGUCUGUGGCUGUGCAGUAUUGUACUCAGAAAGUUUCACUUUCAUUUUGUACUGCUUGUCUGCUUGCCCCUUCCUCCUCAUACUUAGUUUCACUUUCUUCUUGUGCAGAUCUAUUCCACUCCAAACAAUCAGAAAAAUAUUGUUUCUAUUCUAUUCACUGAACUUCUUGAAACUUAGCACUGAAGGGGUUGAUUCUGUAUUCAUAGGUUUGUAGAACAAUAGGAUUAAGGUCUUUUUCUCAACUCUGUUCAUGUUAUAACAUUUUUGCUGUGAAGAAGAGGCAUGUGAUCUCUGCUGAGUCAAAUUCAGUUUUGAGAACUGCAAAAGUAAACCAAAUAUCUGUGAUAAUAUCUUGCCCAAUAAUCUUACAAAAACCUCUGGAAGAGCAUGACGUGAAUGGAUUAAUGGAAUUUAUUUACCAAAAAAAUUAAACACAUACAGCCUUAUUCUACAUAAUUAAAAAACUAAUCUUUAUUUCAUGAUGGAAUAACCUUUGGAUGGUAAUAUAUUUUCCUCAAAAAGCAUUUUAUUUAAAAAAAUCCGAUUUAAAUCAAAAAAAUCCGAUUUAAAUCAAAUCUGAUUUUUUUUUUAUUUUUUUAAAAAAAUCAUUGAUUUUUAUCCAUCCUGCUUCCCAGUGGGCUAUGGUCAUGGGCAUGGCUGCAGUUAUGGAGGGUGAAGCAGCUGACUGGGUCGCUGACCUAUAUAGUGACCAUGCAGGGGAACUGGGAGAUAUAGGCCUGUUCCUCUCUGCAUUGCAGGAGAGGUUUGAGGAUAAUGCAAGAAUGGAACAGGCUGAGGGUGAGCUAUUGGCAGUGAGGCAAUGAGGCCAGCCAGUGGCUGAAUAUGUAAGGAAGCUCUGCAGACUAUCCGGAAGAGUGAGAGGCUGGCCAGAGAAGUUGAUAGUAAACCAAUUUAGAGCUGGACUUGAUCGUGCUUUAUGGCAAGCCUGUAUGACCUGUGGCUUGCCACCCGGUCUGAUGGCAUGGCUACAAGCCACUACUGAAAUUGACAAGAUCCGGAGGGAUGACCGAACAAGAGCAGAGUGGCCAGCAAGAGGGCGGAGGCCCCCAGACGAUCCUUUCAGGCGACACAGCCACCACACGACCCAACACCAGCCACACCACCUACAGCCUCCCCAGGAAAACCCGGUUCCACCAGGGCCCCGAUGAUCUGGUUCCGAUGCGGGAAGCUGGGUCACAGGGCGUUGGAUUGCCCUGAGGCAGGCACUAAACGAGACCCAGGAAAUGUAACACCAGGGCCCUGGCAGAGUACCGUUUGAAAGAGGUUAAAGAAAACCCCUGCAAGUGGAUCACAGCAGACGGGCCACUUCACUCCCGGCGGGAAUGGUGGUAGUCCCAUUGUAGAGGACACAACCAGCGGCAGUGAGGACAAGGCGGAGGCUGAUCCUAUGGAAAGCUACCCAAUCAAACCAUUCCUGAUUUCGGUGAUGUUGGAAGCAGGUAGUCGACAGAAGUGUAGGGCCCUCAUAGAUUCCGGCUGCACCCGUUGUCUUAUGAGCAUGACUACAGCAAAGAGUUUAGAGGUGGGGUACGUAAACUAAUUAGCUCUAUCAGGUUUGAACAGAUGGAUGGGUCCCUAUUGGGAGGCAAAUUAGUGAUGUCACUGAGCUACUUACCCUGGAGUUAGGACCUCAUAAAGAAACGGAUCUGUUUCAUAGUAGUCCCCAAGAUAACGGAAGACAUUGUGCUUGGUCUAGCUUGGCUGGACAAAUGGGCUCCCAUGAUCUGAUGGGGAGGGGCAAAUCCUCCGAUUUGAGGAUCGGAGUUGGCCCUGACCCACCUCCACAUGAAUACCACCCAGAGGGGUUGGGGAGCAACCAGUCAGUGGUUAAGCAGACUACAGAGCUGGUAGGGCUCCCAGAGAUCUAUAGUGACCUUAAGGAGGUCUGUAGUGAAUGAGAGUGUGACAACCUACUCCUACUGACUGCACUAUUGAGAUCUUACCAGGAGCAUUUCUAUCCAAGCCCAAGAUGUACUCUAUGAUCCCCCCAAGAACUAAUGGAAAUGAGGGCAUACAUAGAGAAGAAUUUAAAAUGGGGAUUCAUAGAGCUGGCCAGGUCAAGGGUAGCUGCUCCCAUUCUAUUCCUGGAGAAAAAGGAUGGAUGACUAUGGCUUUGCAUGGAUUUUAGGGGAAUCCUUUUUUCCUUUUUGACAAUUUGGACUAUUUUUAAACCUUUUUUUGUUUGCCUUGCAUCGAGCGGCGUGAAGGGUCCUUACUCGACACCGCCGCCGGCCGCUCUAGCUGCAGGGGGCUUCCUCCAGAAGGACCCCCUGAGGGGUCGAAGCUCGAUCUCCCCCUCUGCCUCCCCACCCUUUACACCGGGAGUGCCCAAAUAGCUGCAUUUUAAUGGCAUUCGCCGAGCAGCUUUACAGGCACCUUUUUUAGGUGGGCGAUUCAAACGGCGCCAUUUUCUUGCCGCUUUUACUGCCUGGAGCUAGCGGUUUCAUGAACAUUUUCCCGAUGGAGCUCUUCUUCUCGUGACCAAUCUAGCCAACUCCGGAGCCCUGAAUCCUCCCUGUCAAUGGAGAUCCGCUUCUUUAAGCUAAGUUUGUCUUGGGGGCUCAUUAUUGCUAAUGAGGCUCUUUCUCCCCGUACCGAGGGAUUGCAAUCCAAAAUGGCGGACGCUUCUCAUCAUCCCCGCCCAGCUUCAACUUCCUCACAGGCCCGCCAUCGGCAUGCUAGCGACCCGGGGGAGGGCUCCUCAGCUAAACAGCCACGUAAAGGUAAAGUCCCAGCAAAGGGAUCCUCCGCCACGGCCGCCCCCAAACAAUCUAAAGAGGAGCUGAGACACCACAAGGCGUUGGAGAAGGCGGUUCUAAGGGCACAACAAUGGCCCUCCGCCAUUUUGCCUGUUCAGGCCGCCAUUUUGUCACCAUCAGAUUCGGCCACGGCUCCCCAAAUUUCUGAAGCCCAUCCGGGACGUGAGCUCUUUCCGGAUCGUCCUUCCUCCCGUGGGCCAACUUCAUCUGAGGCAGAGCAGGUCUUUCAAACCAUUCCAGACUCCUCUGAUCCUCCCGGACCUAGUCAUUCAGUGGCCUCCGUUCCAGGGCCUUCCGGCCUAGUGGCCAGUCCCGCUGCCACUCACACCCUCCCAGCGGGUACAUCUCAGGCGGAUCCUCAAGCUACGCUUGAGGCCAUCAUUGCCAGGGCCAUACAACAGGGUUUGGCACAAGGCCUUCAACAAGGCCUCUUUCAACCGCCCCCUCCCCCCCCGGUGUCCCACGCUCAACCUCGCCAGGCUCAAUCUGCUCUCUCCGCUGAUCACCAGUAUUCCCCGGAGCCUUCUAAUCAGGGGUCUCUAUCAGAUGAAGAGGAGUCGAGGGAGCUAUCUCUCUCGGACGAUGAGGGACUGACUCUGGACCAACCCGCUUUUAUUGGUCUCUUUAGACCUCAGCUUUUCCGCUCCUUAUUGUACAAAGCCCUAGCAGUAACCAGACUGGGUUCUUCUUCUACUGCUGGUACCACACUCCCUGAGGGUGCGGAUCCUGCCUCUUCUCUCUUUGCGGAACCAGCUGUUGAACCGGAACUUAUUCCUGCCCCUAAAUUGUUUACCGACGUCGUACAACGUCAAUGGGCCCUACCUGGUUCGGUUCCAGUUCCAAGCGGCACCGAUAAAUGAUUAUAUCAAACUGCUCCAGCCCUUUCAAACUUGUUGCAAGUACCACCGGUGGACGGCCCUAUUGCAGCCUUGACUUCUCCUUCCAGACUCCCAAGCUCUCCGGAAGAAUCACUGCGUCCUGAGGACAAACGGGCAGAAAAGACCCUUGUCAAGGCACAUCAAUCUGCUGCAUGGGCUGUCAAAACGGCCACCGCAGCCUCCUUUUUCAACCGGGCUUCCCUGUUAUGGUUGAAGCAACUACAGGAUCGGCUACCUCCUUCAGACAUCCGCACUCACCAAGACCUGAACAAGAUAGUCGCUGCCCUGGAGUACUCGGCGGAUGCCACAUUGAAUUCCGCUCGGUUUGCGGCCAAAUCCAUCGGCUCCACUGUUACAUCCCGCAGACUCCUGUGGCUCCGCCACUGGCAGGCUGAUGCCAAAAGCAAAUGGCAACUUGCAUCGUCUCCCUAUUCGACUGACUCCCUGUUCAGUCCACCGUUGGAACCCCUUCUUGUAGAAACCAGAGAUCAGCGCAAGAUUCUCCCCUCGUCACUCCAACUCUCGUUUUUCCCCUUACAGCAGAAUUCAGUCCUUUUAUCAUAUGUGGUGGAUAUGUCCAGAAGCGAGAAAUUAUUGGAUUAGAAUUAAAACUUGGUUAGAAGAAAUGCUUCAACAACAUAUUGAUUAAAAACCUGAACUGUUCCUAUUGGGUAUACUACCAGAGAAAAUUAGUAAAGAAAAUAUAUAUUUGAUUAUACAUGUAAUAAAGAGCCUUGAUAGUACAGUGGUUUAGUGCACCCUGUCAUUAACACAGCUGCCUGCAAUUUCUGCUGGUUCGAAUCUCUCCAAGGCUCAAGGUUGACUCAGCCUUCCAUUCUUUCUAAGGUAAGUGAAAUGAGGACCCAGUUUGUGGGGGCAAUAAGCUGACUUUGUAUAAAAUAUACAAAAGAAUGAAGGCUAUUGCUUAACGCAUUGUAAGCCGCCCUGAGUCUCCGGAGAAGGGCGGCAUAUAAAUCAAAUUAAAAAAAAAAACUGCAGCAAGGAUAAUAUUUGCGCAAAGAUGGAAAGCAGAAAAAAAUCCCUUCAGAAGGGGAAGUAAUUAAGAAAAUAUUAGAUUGUGCAGAAAUGAAUAGAUUGACUUUGAUAAUUAAAGAAAAAGAGGAGUUGGAAUAUUUUAAGAUAUGGAGAAAAUUUUUAUUAUUGGUUAGAGAAGAGAUAGUAAGUAAGUAAGCUUUAUUGCGGUCAGAGACCAAAUUAAAAUAGACAAAGAAAGGGAGCAUAUUUUACAAAUAUGGAUAGAUCAUGGGACAGUACACCAUCUACUGCCUCAAAUACAAUCUGUACUGUCAAUACUAGUGAUCCUCUGCCAUCAGGCUUACCCGUCUCUUUUCCCGUUUUU